AGAAACGAAGGAUGAGUCUGGUAACUUCUCUGUCUUCUUCUCUAUUCUUCCGUGCUCGACGAUUCUCGAUCGAAUUUUCUCCCCCUCGCCGGAACAACGAAAUUCGAUUUCAAGAUGAAGGUCACGGAGGAGGUUUUGAAGGAGCAUGUGGAGGAGAACGAGGUCACUGGUUUGAAUGAGGGCGAAGAAGAAGAAGUGUUUGAUGAAGUGGAUGAUGGAGAAGACGAUGAUGAAGAUGAUGAUGAGGAUGAUGAUGAUGAAGUUGAGGUGGAAGAUGAUGAUGAUGAUGAGGAUGACGAUGCUCCUGGCGGCGGCGGUGAUGAUGACGACGAUGAAGAAGAAGAAGCAGGAGCAGGUGGCGGAGCGGUUGGUGGUGAUCCUGACGAUGAUGAUGAUGAUGACGAUGACGACGACGACGAUGAUGAUGAGGAUGACCACGACGAUGAGGAGGAGGAGCACGGCGGAGAGGAGGAUUUGGGAACAGAAUACCUUGUCCGCCCUUUAGGCAAUGCUGAGGAGGAAGAAGAGUCCAGUGAUUUUGAACCGGAGGAGAAUGGGGAGGAGGAAGAAGAAGGUGAUGACGACGACGAUGAUAAGGCUGAGGUUCCACCAAAGAGGAAGAGGUCAAGUAAAGAUGAUUCAGAUGAUGAUGAUGGAGGAGAAGAUGAUGAGAGACCCUCUAAGAGAUAGAGUUGGGUCCAUUAUUUGCUUGAGGACUUAGCAGUCAACCAUAGGUCAAUAUGUCACCCUUUGUCCUUUGAACACAUUUCAGAGAAAGGAUUAGUAGCUCCUUGAAAUUGUUUCAUGCUGUCAUGUAUUAUUAUGUUGCAACAUUAUUAGGUUUUCUAAUUUUGUCUUGUUGGUGCAUAGUUAAUAUUAGUGGGUUGAAUGAAACUGUGAUAGAACAAAUAUUGUGUACUGAAAAUCUUUCAUUUGAAGUAUUUGUAGGUUGGUA